AUGUUGACCUGUGUAUUCGUAGUGCCACCCGCAUCUCCUGGCAAGUGCGGGAAGAAUAACAUUGGCACAUAUGAUAAGGAAGUGGAUCACGCUGUUAUCGAGGCAGAUCUGGCGAUUUUUAAGGCUGCGAAGUGGAAGUUGGAGAGGCAGUUGAUACCGGCUGGGUAUACUGUGCAUGAGACAGUGCGUAGGGAUGUGCAGGUUCCUGUCCACGACCCGGCGGAUUCGGUGCAUUUUGAGUCAGGGCUGCGGAUCUUUGAAAAGAUCAUGUGCUUCUACGUGCUCACCCACCUCUCCUGGUGCGCCAACUUCGCCAUGGGCUGGCAAACCGGCACUACUGUUGAGACCACCCCAACUGGCUGGGCAAUUCCCCAUCCCCAGGGCGAAGAGGUCGAGGACAUGUACUGCGACUCAAUGCUUCCCGGUAACGUCACACACCCACAUCCGGGACACCCCCACAUGUGGGACGCCCUAAAGAUAAUACUAUAUAAUGUGAAUGUACACCGAGCUGGCCACUUUCAUGCGCCAACGCGACCGGCCAACUUAAUGUUUGAUUUUCUCAACAACCAAUUAUGGUAA